AUGUCGUCGAAUCUGCUCGACCAAGAUUUUGGCUCUGAGGAGGAGGAUGAUGACUUUAACCCCGUCGCGGCCGAUGACUCUGAUGCCGAACAGCCAAAGGCCGUGAAGUCUAGCCGAGGCAAUGAAGGCGCUGAAGUUGACGAAGACGAAGGCGGCGACGAUGACGAAGCUGCCGGAGAUGCAAAUGGCGACGACGACGAAGAAGAGGAUGACGAAGAGGAAGAGGAAGAAGAGGAAGAGGAAGCUGUGGGUCGACCAGCCAAGCGCCGCAAAGGUGGUGGUAUCCAGUCCUUCUUCGAAGAAGAGGCCGGCGUCGACGAAGAAGAAGAUGAGGUCGAAGACGAGGAGGACGAGCUUGGCGAGUUCGGAGCCGAAAUGCACCCUGAUGACCUCGAUAUUCCCCCUGGAGCCGAAACAGACGACCGUCGCCACCGAGAGCUGGAUCGCCGACGUGAGCUCGAUGCGACCAUGGAUGCUGAGAAGCAGGCGCAAAUGCUGAAGGAGCGCUACGGAAGAAAUCGUGCGGCUGCUACUGAUGCACUCGUGAUCCCCAAGCGUCUCCUGCUUCCCAGCGUCGAGGAUCCGAGCAUUUGGGGAUGCCGUGUCAAGCCUGGAAAGGAACGAGAAGUGGUCUUUGCGAUCCAACGACGCAUGGAAGAACGUCCUGCUGGUUCACGUACCCCAAUGCGAAUCAUCUCGGCCUUUGAACGAGGAGCCGUCAUGCAGGGAUGGGUCUACUGUGAAGCACGCCGCCAAGUCGAUGUCACUGAGGGAUUGCAAGGGAUCAACUUCUAUUACCCUUCCCAGAAGUUGACUUUGGUUCCAGUCAAGGAGAUGCCCGACCUCCUGCGUGUUCAGAAAUCCGAAGAUCUUGUGCCAGGUGGUUGGGUCCGAAUUAAGCGUGGUAAAUACCAGAACGAUCUUGCACAACUCGAAGAGGUCGAGACCAAUGGCUUGAACGUGACUGUACGACUUGUUCCUCGACUUGACUAUGGCAUGAUGGACGACGUCUAUGACAUUGAUAAAGCCAAGCGCAAACGUGGCUUCGCAGUGAACCAUCGUCCACCGCAGCGGUUGUUCAACGUGUCUGAGGCGAAGAAAAAGCACGCCAAAUAUCUCUCGUCGGCUUCCGGCCUGGGUGGAAAGUCAUGGAACUACCAGAACGAUUUAUACGUGGACGGAUUCCUUAUCAAGGAUAUGCGCGUGCAGCACUUGAUCACCAAAAAUGUCAACCCAAGGCUGGAGGAGGUCACUAUGUUCGCUCGUGGUGGAGAGGAUGGUGCCCAAAACCUCGAUCUGGCUACCCUCGCCGAGACUAUGAAGAAUACCACCGCUGAGGGUGCUUUCCAGCCCGGUGAUCCCGUUGAGGUUUAUCGUGGCGAACAGCAAGGCUUGAUUGGUCGCACCGAAUCAACCCGAGGCGAUAUUGUGUCCUUGAAGGUCACAGAUGGAGAUUUGGCUGGCCAAGUCAUCGACGCCCCUGUUCGAACCCUUCGCAAGCGUUUCCGCGAAGGCGACCACGUGAAAGUGAUUGGCGGCAGCCAUAACCAGAAUGAAUCGGGCAUGGUCGUUAGCGUCGAGGGCGACAAAGUCACCUUGCUCAGCGACAUGAGUAUGAGAGAGAUCACAGUAUUCGGCAAGGAUUUGCGUCUUUCUGCAGAUCUGACUGAUGGCCCAGUCGGCAAAUUCGAUGUGCAUGAACUUGUCCAGCUCGAUCCUGCCACAGUGGGCUGCAUAAUCAAGGUGGACCGUGAAUCACUUCGUGUCAUGGACCAGAACGGCUCUGUCCGCGACGUUCUCCCGACCCAAGUCACCGCGGUCCGUGAGCGACUUAACUCCGAGAUUGUCGCAACUGAUCGAAACGGCGCUCAAAUCAGACUUCGUGAUACCGUUCGCGAAGUUGUCCGCUCGCGGCGGUCGUCCCUCUGGCCCCGAUCUAACCAAAAUGAACCCUGCGAUGGCAAUGAAGCCACCCGUCGGCCCCGGCGGACCCGGAGUCCUUCCCCCCUCCCCAAAGGUAAUACGGACGUUCUGAUUGGUAAGACUGUCUCCGUUCGUAAGGGUCGUUUCAAGGGUCUCAUAGGUAUAGUGCGGGAUGCCGAUGAUAAGAUCGCCCGAGUUGAGCUGUACACGAUGAGCAGCAAGCAUGUUCUCAUUCCACGCGAUCAGCUUGCUCCGAAGCACCCGAUUUCCAAACAGCCUUUGCCUCUGGGCCGUGGAAGAGGCCCGCGUGUCCCAUACGGAUCUUCUGGCGCUCCUGCCGGAGGAGCAGGCGGUAGCGGUGGUGGAUGGAAUGGCGGCCGUACACCCAUCGGGGCUGGUGAUUCUUCACGAACUCCAGCUUGGGGAGGCAGUGCAUCUGCUCGCACUCCUGCUUGGUCUGGGAUGAGUGGAUCUCGAACUCCUGCCUGGAAGAACGACGGCUCCCGUACCUCGAAUCCCUACGAUGGAAGCCGUACUGCGUAUGGUGGCGUUGGUAAUCGUACCCCAGCUUGGAACUCCGGUUCCCGCACCCCUUAUGACUCUGGUUCUGGCUUCGAUGCUUUUGCUUCAGGCUCGCGCACCCCCGCCUGGGGUGGUGCGGGUGCUGGAAACCGAACCCCGGCAUGGGGAGGCCUUUCUCACGGCCGUGAUCACCGCGAUUAUGACGAUGCUCCUACUCCUGGUGGAGACUAUUCUGCCCCAACCCCCGGCGCAUACGGAGCUCCCACCCCCGGCGUUGCCCCGACUCCUGGUGCCUGGGCUGACAAUGCACCCACUCCAGGCGGAGCUUUUAAUGCCCCUACUCCUGGUGGCCUUCCCAAGCGUGGUGGCUAUGAUGCACCGACUCCCGCAGCGUAUGAUGCGCCAACUCCUGCAUUGGGUGGUGCUGCUCCUACUCCUGGUGCUGGGUACGGGGACGACGAUGGUGGUCCACGAUACGACGAGGGUACACCAAGCCCUUAA